AUGCAUGUUGUCUUUAAAUCCAGGGUGACCAAACACUUGAAGGCCCUCAAAGCAAAGAUGCCCAGAUUUGGCAUUUUCCCAACUGGGGGUUGUUUUGAUGGAUGCAGGGAUCAUACUCAACAAGCCUCAGGUUUUGGGACAAGGAUCUGGAACCUGUGUGACAAGCCUCUGGAGCUGCAAAUAAGAGUUGGUUCUAUACUGAAAAAAGUUCACACAAUAAAACCAGGCUCUUCAAAGAGGCUGAAAUGCAAGAGCAUAUACAAAGCCUAUAUGCCUGGAGGUGGUGAGAUUGGGAGUGGUGGCAUGAAGAGCUUGCUCUAUUACUAUGAUGAGACUUGCCACCCUUAUGUUUGGAUUCAUGACACUGGUGGUGGUGACACAUUGAGAAUGGUCAAGCAGCAAUAUAUUAGCCUUGAGGACCUCAGAGACUAUUGUGAGAUCAGAAUCUUUAGGGAUCAUCAAAGAGGCUGCAUAUCGGUUCGCAAGAAACCCAGGCCAGAUUUUUGCUGA